AUGUCUGACUCCAUGGAUACGGGCACUCUGCGAGCUGCCCUGCCCGAAGGCAGUGCCCAGCACCCUCAGGGCCGUUCCGAGCACGCAGAGAAAUGGGCCAACCCGCUUCCGUACGAUUACGAGGAGCUUGCUCAACAGGGUCCUGAGGUCCCGGUCAAUUGGGAGAGCAAUGCUCGUGUCUAUGAGUUUGACAUGGAGCAAUUCGGCGACGUGGGACCUGAAUUUCCCGAGCUCGAAUUGCAACUCUUCGGCCCGCCCGCCGAGCGUGGUCUCAACAAUACUGGAAUCUCGUAUGAUCGAAUCACCGAGAUCGAGGUCCAGCAGCGCGGCGAUGUGCGAAUCGAGCCCAUUAAAGACUUUGCCAGCGCAGGCUUGCACCCUACCAUGCUCAAAAACGUCGAGAUGUCGGGAUACCGCGUUCCUACUCCCAUUCAGCAGUACACCUUAGCUGCUGUUCGCAAAGGCUUGGAUAUUGUGGCCAUCGCCCAAACUGGUUCUGGCAAAACUGCAGCCUAUCUCGUUCCUGUCUUGGACAAGUUGAUGGGCAAAGCCAAAAAGUUGGCGGCUCCUCGACCAAACCCAGCAUCCUUUGUACCCGGCGUUUCGCAGCCCGUUCGUGCUGAGCCUCUUGUCAUUGUCGUAUGCCCAGCUCGUGAGCUGGCGGUCCAAAUCUUCAACGAAGCUCGUAAGUUUUGUUACCGUACCAUGCUUCGCCCUUGCGUCGCCUACGGUGGAGGCCCAAUACGCGACCAGAUUGAGCAGCUCGGCAAAGGCUGUGACAUUCUCAUUGCCACUCCUGGCCGUCUCUGUGAUUUCAUCGACCGCCCUCAUGUGCUCACACUUCGUCGGGUCCGGUAUAUGAUCAUUGAUGAGGCCGACGAGAUGCUCCACGAUGACUGGGGCCAAGAUCUGAACACCAUCAUGUCUGGUGGCGAGCAGGAAGAGGGAAACGUCAAAUAUCUCCUCUUUUCUGCUACUUUCCCAAAGGACCUUCGGGACCUGGCUCGCAGCCAUCUGGCUGCAUCACACAGCCAGAUCAACGUGGGGCGCAUUGGCAGCACCCACGGGAAUAUCUUACAGCGGGUUGUGGAGGUCCUCCCCGAGACAAAAAGAACGGUUCUCAAGGAGGUCAUUGAAGCUCUCGACCCCUGUCGAACAAUCAUAUUCGUCAAUUCGAAGCGAGUUGCCGAUGAGCUUGACGACUUUCUGUUCAACUCAGGCUACCCGUGCACUUCUAUGCACUCUGAUCGCACCCAGCUCGAACGUGAGGGCGCCAUGCGUGCGUUCCGCGCCGGAACCUCGCCUAUUCUCGUCGCAACUGGUGUCAUGGCCCGCGGCAUUGAUGUACGUAACGUCAACCACGUUAUCAAUUACGAUCUUCCCUCUGUCGAUCAUGGUGGAAUCGAGGAGUAUGUCCACCGAAUCGGUAUGUCUAGAUAUCCGAACGAUAGCCUGGCGCUUGCUAACCAUCGCCCGUUCUCCCAGACCCUCAAGUGGGAGACCGCCUCCAACGAAGAGGACCGUCCUGCUGGUGCCGCCGCCGUGGCCGGUGGCGAGUCUUUUGAGCAGGGUGGAGACGAUGCCUGGGGCAGUGGCAACGCCGACGGAGAUUUGGACAACGGCGGAACCGCCAACGGUGAUGACGACGAUGGCGGUUGGGGCAAGAAGAAUGAUGAUGCUGGCAACAAGGAGUCCGCCGCAGAUGGCGGUGAUGCUUGGGGCGCUCCUGCCAUCGCCGCCGCCUGGUAA